AGUUUGGGAGCCCUAAUUUCAUAACUAACUAUGAAUUGGUGGAAACCAAAACAGUCGCCAUCCUCCUCAGAGCCGCCGCGGCGCGGCGGGCUUUUCCACAAUCUGCAAUCCCAAUUCUCCAACUUCCUCCAGAUGCCCCAAAACUUGCUCUUCAACGGCUGCCGUGCAACAGCUCAAACCCCGAAUAUUACUUCAGAUCAAGCUUGGGAUGCUUUAAAGCAAUUAUUCUACCCUCGUUAUGUUGUUUAUAAUACAAGAAUGGGCCUAAGGGACCUGAAGUAUAAACGCACAAUCAAGGAUUAUGUUAUGGUGGCAACAAUGAUUAUGCUUCAGAUCCAUAUUCUCUCAGAUGAUGAUCUACUUAAAUUAGCAUACGAACUUCAAUACUGGACAAAGCAAGAAUUAAACCGUUACAACCAUCAUAGGAAAAAGAAUCUUGCUAUGUCUGAAGAGGAAAUUGGAGAAAGAUUAUGUAGAGUGCCUGUUUAUAAUAUCAAAUUUUCUGAGUAUGAAGCAGCCCAGAUGGCUUCACUCACGAAUCGAAGGAAAACAAUUCUAGGGUAUUUUUUAGGUAAGGCAGAUGCCAAAGCUUAUGCGGAGCAUGGCCUCGUAGUUUCAGUACCCCCCAGGAUUCCCUACGUAGAUUCUGAACGACUUGACGUUGUUAUGGAUUACAAUAUGGUAUUGGGGCCUCUUAAGUUGAUACCAGAGGCAACUGAAGUGAAGAAUGCAUUAGAGGUUAAAAAGAAGGCUGGUCUUCCUUGUAAAGAGUUUUCUGGCAUUCCGGUUUUCGAGUCAAAGAAUUUGAGUUUAUGUCAAGACUGUUAUAUCACAAAUGAAGAGUUCUCAGAUGGAAGACGUCUGGUUUUCUUCAAAAAGGAGGACCUAGAGAAGUCCCUGGCAAGAGCAAGAGUUGCAAGUCAUGAUGGAGUAUCAAAUUUUUCAGAUGCAGGGACACAUAUAGAGGUUGCUGCCCUUGAAGAUAUUAUAAAAGCAAUGAAGGAUAAUUCAACGUCGGAGUGGAAUAGUGUUUAUUUCGCAUAUCCUGGAGAAGAUUUUACAACCCUUUCAUUAGUCCAGAGCUAUGAGGACAUAUUAAGAGAGAUGGAUAAUUUCAAAUGAUGGAGAUAUUAUUCCAAUUAAGAAGUCUUUUUUAUUUAUUUUUAAAGUUACUUGAAUUGGACAUCUUCUUAGGACUUGACUUAUAUAAUUACUUUAUAUCUUUGCUUCUCAUUUUUAAAUGUUGAGGGGUUUGAUCAACAUACCCCCAAAGUAGAUAUCGUAGUC